ACAUUUCAUAACACGGAAGCCGAAUGUGUUUAUUUUCAAUUUUUGUGAUAUGUUGUCAGGCAAGCGAUGAUAAUAUUGUAAUGUGAGUUAUGCGGUUUUAGACACCAAAUAACAAUCCAUAACAACUUGUGCAGUUUCAAUAAUACGAAUUGUGAACUUUGAACUUUGACUAUCAUCACCAUGGCAGAACUAAAAGCGUGUAAAGUGUGUAACGUUAACCGACACAGGUAUCACGGCCUGGCUGUAACCUCUCUGAAUCAGCUCAAAAUAAAAGGUGGUGAGACUUUAGGGUUUCAUCCCAGUGCAUCUGUCUCAGUGGUUCUAGAAGAUGAUGGGACCAUUGUAGAAGACGAGGCUUACUUUUUGUGUCUGCCAGCAAAUACAAAAUUCAUGCUGCUGCAUGCCAAUGAAAUAUGGAAGCAUUCUCAUCAAGUUGAUGGAGGGACAGCUCAGUCUUGGAGUAAGUCCACUGAUGUGGAAGUAGAUGGGAAAGACGAAGUUGAUGGGUUUGAAUCUUGGCGCAAUUUGGCAGAGCAGCUAAGGCAGGACCUGGCCAGUAUUAUCCUCAUGUCUGAGGCCGAUCUACAGAUUCUGAUUGAUGUGCCAUGCUCCGAUCUGGCUGCAGCGAUGGACUUCUCACAGCAGAAAACCCGGGUCCUACAGGACACUCUGCAGAGAAUGCUGGACCGCAGGGAAGAAGAGAGACAGUCCAAAGACUUACUGAAGCUCUAUUUGAAAGCCAUGGAACAAGAAGGCACCUGGGACCCACAAGAACAAAGCGCUAGACUAGAUGAGACAGAUGGGGUGCAGGUGGAGGCCGCAGCAGGGUUCAGCCCCACAACUCUAAUGGUCCUGAAGGACAAAAAAUACCCAGAGACAAGACUGUCCAAUGAAGAGCUACAGCUGGUGGCGGGGCAUGGAGCGGAGGUCAUGAUGGAGGUGUUGGGCUGGAACAGUGAAAGGACAUCAGCACUGGUCCAGGCAUGUGAAAGUGAGCUCCGUAAACGCCUACAGCGAGUUCAAGCCCUGCAGUCCCUCAGUGCUUUAAAUCAGUCCACUUCACAAGCACACACUGAGAGAGACACCCGAGCCAAGCGCCGCAAAACACACACACACUGACAGACCUUUUCUCUUUGUUUUUGUACCGCUUCAUUACAAUUCAUUUAGACUGCGUUGUUUGGUGUUUAUUUUGAUAAUAGUAUUUGUGUAUAUAAAUGCCAAAGCAUAAUAAAAAUCAUAUUUUAAGCAAGGAAAACAUACAGGCUAGUGCUAAUUUUGAUGAAUAAAAUUCCAUGUUUCUUCUCUGUUGUCUACAAUUCGAUCGGUGAAAAUUCAAUACUACGCUCUUAAAUAUAAAUCCUCUUUAUUAGUAUCAGUGGUUCCACAAAGAACCUUUAGUAACCUUUUCAUUCCACAAAAAGGUUCUUUAGAUUAAUAAAAUGUUUUUCACACUAAGAAAAAAAUGCUUCUUUUAAGAACUGUUUACUGAAAGGGCCUUUGAGGACCCAAACAUGGUUCUUCUAUGGCAUUGCUGUACAAAAAAAAACCUUUUGGAAGCUCUAUUUUUAAGAGUAUAUGUAAUUUUCAAGUUGAAAGAAAAGGAAAAUGGAAACAUUUCAGAGAAAAAUGUAUGUUUCAAAAGGGAGGUAAAUUGAUUGUACCAAAUACCUGUAAUAUAUCCUGACAGAUAGGACAUUUUAAUAACUAUUACACGCAUUUAAUUCUGCUUUAUGAUAUUUAUAUAGCAAUGCGUUAACGUAUUAUUGCAAGGUUCACUAAACGUGUCAAAUUGGAAAUGUUAGCUAUUUAGCCUGUGGGGUGCUUUUUUCAUUUUUUGAAAUGCUAAAUGAUAUCAAAUAUUGUUGUACUAAUAAAAGAUUUUGACAUUUAA